AGAAGGUCAGACCAGUACUUGCAGUAUUGGGAAGCGCGUCGAAUGCUCGAGAAUAGUGUCACAACAACUGUAAACAAUUCCUCAGCACUUGCGAUGUGGUGUACUAGAUGGUUCUUACCGCUCUUUUUGCUUCCCCUUCCUACUGCACCGCCGCUUUUUCUUGUUCUUUUGUUGUUCUCGUUGACCAUCCAUGCUAAGCCAUGUUUCUACUGCAUUGUUCUUCUCGCAACACUAUUUGUCUCGUCUUGUUAUUGGCAGCCAUUUCCGGUCGACACACCUCUCUCUAAUCCGUGGGCCCAUAACAUAACUACGUUUGGUGAAGCGUUAAACGCCUCCCUCACCGCGUCAUCGUACUGGGAAUCCGAUCAAGCAAAGUCCUUACCAUCAAGCAUACACCCCGUGGAUCGAUGCUGGUGUGAUUUUAGCUCCGGAAGUCUCUUCGAGCCCUUCAAUACGUCGAAUUGGGAGAUAGUAAGCAUUAUGCGAGCAAAGGGGAAAAUAGAGAGACAGUUGAAACAUGAUGAGGCUAUCCAAGCGUUGGAUGAGCCCAAAGACACAAAGACGGAUGAACAUGCCACUACUGAGACGGAGAUGCCAAAAACCGCUUCUCCAUCAACACCAUCGCCGGGUUUCAGUUCCGCCCUCCCUAGAUCCGGUUUUGCGUCCCUACGUCCAACGCUGUGGAAGCUAGUCCAAUCUCUACGAAGGCCAGGUUUCGAUGAUGUUGAAGGCAGGCUAUCAAAUUUGGAUUCAUCUGACCCUGAGUCCACAGAAUCAGAACUCACAAAAUCUCUUCCCCUGGUCCGGGAUGAGUACGAUCUACGACCAUUCGGAAUCGGGGUGUUCAUUGACUUCAAGUGGUCGAGAUAACGUUUACCUCCGCUUGGUCGGGUGGGUUCUGAUGGCGCAACUUCGAGUGUAUCGAUACAAAUAGAUUGUCAAUAAUAAUAUAUUAAAUCUCCUUUCCUACAGAGCAACAAUCCACUUUCUUUCUUGAUUUUCCAA